CAGCCUGAAAGCAUGGGUGGCAAUUUAAUUUCACUACUGGGGGAGACAAGAAACAAAAAACAAUCUCAAAACGCAGAUCCUGGAAAUUUUUUUACUACUUCUAGACCAAACAAUAACUAAAUCAACAAUAGACUAGUCCUGUGCAUUGAUAUUAUUGCCUAUAGGAAGUGGUGGAAGGAAGUGUGGGAGGAAAUUGGAGCACCCCGAGGAAACCCACGCUGACAUAGGGUCUCACCACCAAGUUCAGAGUGCAAGCACAGACUGGUAAAAUCCGACCAGUGAUCUCAUAUUUGAAGGAUCCAGGAUGUGACUUCAUCCAAGGGUCACAGAAAAGAAGGACACACACAAAUCUUGGUCAAAACAGACGAAACUAACCGAGGUGCUGGAACUUCGCCUCAAACCCAAACCACACUGUGCUGACCACAGGGCCUCUGUAAUGAUGGGGGAAUGGGUCGAUGCUAUGCAUGUGUUUCUGUACGUGAAUGUUUGAAAGUGAGAGUGUGAGGUUUUGUGUGUAUAUGCAUGUGCAUGCAUGCUUUUGUGCGGCUGGGGUGUGUGUGUUUUCUCUCUCUCCCUCUCCCUCUCUCUCUCUCUCUCUCUGCAGUUUUGCAUGCCUGUCACUGACUGCUGUUGGGACUGUUGGGAACCUUUGCAGUAGAGGAGCUGCAGAACAUCAGGUGCACACUAUUGUUACACAGGUGCUGGUCCGACCAUGGCCUCCAAACUGAGCGUGCUGCUGCUGUUGCUGGCUGUUGCCACGGUAACAGUGCUGGCCCAGAGGCGGCGUCCGACGAACACCAACGAGUGGAACUACAGGGAUGGCUCUGAGAAGGUGAACAUGCGUGGCGUGGCUAACCUGACUCAGGUUCUGGACAACUGGAGGUUCGACAUCCUGACCCAGAUGAAAGGACUCCUGCAGAACGAUCACCAGUCUCUGCUGCCGGACUACGCCAGGAUCCAGCCGCUGUCCGAGGCGUUAGACGACCUCUACAAAGAGUUCAACGCCCUCAAAGCUCACCUGGGUGACCUGACCGAGAAGUUCAGCGCCAUAGAAACGUUCAUCGACGAGGUCAAGGCCAGCCGCGCCAACAACGCCAACGCUGGCACGGCUCCAGCUGCGGGUGCAGGUGUGGGUGCGGGUGCCGUCCCAAGACAGCCCACGAGGAGGGUGAUGAGGAAGAAGGCCACGGCCUCCUCCUAACCAGCCAAUGACGAGCUUCUGCUCUCAUGUUUGCUUCUUCUCAGGCUGUCCCGUGUCACGCUAAUCCUCUUUUAUUCAUCAUCCUCAUCUUAUAAGAGAUCUAAACUUCUGAGCUCCACAUAGAGUCUCCCCUGUCAGGGCCUUUUCUCAUUGGUUAAAAUCACAACACCAAGUGACAAACUGUAGACAGGAAUUAGUGAACUGUAACUGAGAUGUUAAAUAGUCAUAAGUCAUUAACACGAGUUUGCAGAUGUGGACUAAUAAUUUCUUGAGCUCAUGCAGGAAAUUGUUGAUAAGAUACCCACUUGGUUUAGAAAUCCAAACACUGUGUGGGUCUGAACACACACCCUCUUUCACUCAUUCACUCCUCCCUUUAUAAAAGAACCUAAGUAGUUUAGAGAGAGAUGUAAAUUGAGAUUCACACCUAUGUGAGGUUAUUGUUCUGUACACAGUGGAUACAUUGAACACUGAGAAUUUGGACAUGCAAAUAGUUGGAUGACAGUAAAGGUAGUGCACUAUGUGGUAAAGACGGAGUGAUUUCACACACGGUUUGCUCAUCAAUAUUAUCUCUUUCGGUGACUCAUGGGAACUAUAUCUCACCGCCGCUUACUUUACCUGAGUAUGGCUCCAUACAAGGACGCAGUAGCACCGCUGCACAACAGCACACCAAAGAAACCAGUCUGUGAUCCUGUGUUUUAAAAGUCAGAGAAAAGACCAAUUCUAGUUAAAGUAGGUGUGUAAGGAAAAGGACGCUAGAGAAGUCAACCUGCUCUGUGUCGUAGAGCUGAGCCGUUUCUUCUGCAUGCUUGUGGUACAAAUAUAUUUGUUCGGUUUGGGUUUCAGGUUUACUGCUGCUUCAUGUAAGCUCCAAAUAAAUUCACUUUUUGCAUCCAUC